AUGGGGGUAGUCGUCGCACUCUGGCAAGUAGCCGUAGACGUGACGCAAUUCUGGAAUAAGAAGCUCCGCGAUUGGUACACCCGCAAGACCCCCGUCGAACUGUGGUUGGAGCUCCUUCGUCAUGCCGAAGCUUUCGAAGAUUGGGAAGAGGCCGCCUUACAUCUCGACAACUUGCUUGGUCUUGACCUGUGGAGGAACAACCCCACGUCCAAAUACUACGACUACCGCCUGAUCAACGAGCGUCUCAACUCUCUAAUUACAGCGAGGGAGGAUGGCAACCUUAACGCGCUGGUCAAUCUACUUCGUUCCGGUUUAGUUCGGAACUUAGGCAACAUUACGUCGCCAACGCUGUACAACCGAUCCUUCGCUGGCACCAAGUAUUUGAUCGAAGAAUAUAUUACCCAAAUUGCCGAAGCAGUCGAGGACAUUACCCAUCUGCCGACUACUCCGACCUCUGAUAGCAAUGGCGCUCCUGUCGGGUUGACAAACCAAAUGAAGUUGGAUUUUAUUCAUGAUACUAGACAAGCAUUCGGAAGGAGUACACUUGUUCUACAGGGUGGUGCAAUAUUCGGUGUUUGCCAUCUUGGUGUUGUAAAAGCGCUUUUCCUCCGUGGUCUUUUACCGCGUAUUAUUACGGGUACUGCGACGGGCGCUCUGAUCGCGGCUCUUGUUGCUAUACACACAGAAGAAGAGCUGCCCAACGUACUCAAAGGAGAGGGCAUCGACCUGUCUGCUUUUUCUGGCAAGGCAAAGGCUGAAAAGGGCCCGCACAAAGAGCAGUCUUUUGCUACAAGAUGGAACACAUUGCUUAGGCGAGUUAAGAGGUUCUCCCGCGAGGGCUACUUCCUUGAUGUCAAGGUGUUAGAGGAGUGUGUACGAGCCAAUGUUGGCGACCUAACUUUCGAAGAAGCAUACAACCGAAGCAAAAGAGUGUUGAACAUCACAGUAGCAACAGCCGGACAGGGUGGCGUUCCGACGCUGCUGAACUAUUUGACCGCACCGAACGUGCUUAUAUGGACUGCAGCAGUGGCAUCAAACGCUUCUUCUGCUAGUCUAUAUGGUCAUCGAGAGACCACAGUGCUGUGUAAAGACGCACACGGAAACAUCGUACCAUGGGCGCCAGCGAAUACGAUUGAUUUCCGCCACUGGACUCAUGUAUCUUAUUCUGACCGGGAGUCGCCACUUCUUCGAAUCGCAGAGCUUUUCAACGUUAACCACUUCAUCGUCAGUCAGGCUCGGCCCUACCUGAUCCCCUUCUUACAGAGCGACAUGCAUGGCCCAUCGCUCAUGGAGACUCGUAACAGCACGACUUCUAUCACUGCAUUCAUGGUCCGUAUGGUGGGUCUAGAGCUCAGACACCGCUUACGCCAGCUCGACACGCUACGUCUUCUCCCAGCAGGCAUACGCCGCUUCCUCGUAGAUGAGCGGGUUCCAGGAGCAUCCAUGACACUAGUGCCUGAAGUAACUGCUGGUGACUUCAUACGAUUGCUGGAGACGCCCACAAGGGAAACGCUGGAUUACUGGAUUUCGAGGGGCGAGCGGAGCGUCUGGCCUGCGGUUGCAGCGCUACGUAUUCGCUGCGCCGUCGAAAAUGAGCUGGACAGGUCAUACCAGACCGUCCGAAGGUUCAAGGCGGGAGGUUUGAGAAGGAAAGGUUCGACGGCAACAGCAUCGGCCCUGGACAAGGACAGGAGAGCCAGUAGCAUGGGGGCCGCCUAUUGA